AUUCUGCAUUGAGAAGAUGAGGCUUUGUCUUCUGUUCUUGGUCCUCUUCCUAAUGGCUGCUAAAAGCUAUAGUCAGCUGCCGGGACCUUCGGGUCCAAAGGGGGACAGAGGAUCUCCAGGAAUGCCAGGGCUCAUGGGACCUCCUGGUACUCGUGGAUUUCCAGGAGAAAGGGGAGAAACUGGACCAAGUGGACCACCUGGACCACCUGGACCAUCUGGACCACCUGGACCAUCUGGACCACCUGGACCAUCUGGACCAUCUGGACCAUCUGGACCAUCUGGACCAUCUGGACCAUCUGGACCACCAGGACCAUCUGGACCACCUGCAAUGUGUGACUCAGGUUCCACCACCGUUUGCCCGGACAUGAAGCCGUUGCAGGACAGCCUUAUCAAGUUAGAGCUGGCUAUAAACUAUCUAUUCGUCCGGAGGGUUGGCCAGAAAUACUUUGUGUCCAACAAGAAUAGAGAACGUUUUCAGACGGCCGUGGAGUUCUGCUCCCAGCGAGGUUUGGAGCUGGCCUUGCCCCAGAACCAGGAGGAGAACAGCGCGCUCACUGAGGUGUUUGGAGAUGCGUUCAAAACAGUCUGGCUCAACGUCAACCAGAAGAAGGCAGUGGGCAAUUUUGAAGUCGAUAUGAACAAUCGACCUCUGAUCUUUACCAAAUGGGGACAAGGGCAGCCAGACACGUCCAUCCGGGAUACUGGCUGCACCAUGGUGGGAGAAAAUGGGCUCUGGGAAGUGACGCCGGAAUGUUUCCUGAAUGCCUUCGUAGUUUGUCAAUUGUAAGAACCUAAGACUUGGAUCUUUGCUUUUCCAGUAUUUCUUUUAAAAAUGUAAUUGUUUGAAAUAUGGAAUAAGUGAUACUAAAUAAGUCACUGGUGUAUAACAAAGUAUAAUAAAAAUGCUCAAUC